AUGAGGGCCUUCACUACCUCCACCUCCUCCACCACCACCACCCCCAAUCCUUUAAUCCCUUCACCACCCACUAUUAGUAGGGGUCCUCCUCCACCGCCUCCUCCUCCACCCCCUCCACCUCUUGCUACCAGUAGAGGUCCUCCAUUGCCAGCUCCACCUCCUGCCACCAAUAGAGGUCCUCCAUUGCCACCUCCACCACCACCACCACCACCACCACCUCCUCCUCUGCCUCCCAUUACAAGUCCUCCACCGCCACCUCCUCCAACUCCCACUACAAGUAGAGGUCCUUCACCGCCGCCACCUCCACCUCCUACUACAAGUAGAGGACUUCCACCACCUCCCCCUUCGAUCUCUUCUUGGGGUCCCCUACCUCCACCACCUCAUUCCCUUUCCUCUGUCUCUACUCGUCCAUUCCCAUUGGCACCUCCACCUCCACCUCCUCCUCCUCCGCCACCCCCACCCCCACUGGCAUCACAAUCUGCUGGUACUGUCGCUAAUAAGACUCCACUUCCUCCAGGACCCCUUCGACAAGGCUCCAACCCCCCACCUCCUCCACCAAAACCAAAGCCUCCUGGUGCCCCCCCUCCACCUCCAAGUCGUGGUUUGGCACCGGGUCCACCUCCACCACCUGGAGUAAAGGGCUCCAGUGCACCACCGCCACCACCUCCAUCUACCGGGAGGGGAAGAGCCUCAUCAGGUUCAACACCUCAUGUAAAAGGUCGAGUGGGUAUAGGUUCUAUUCCUCCUAAGCGGACUUCAUUAAAGCCCUUACAUUGGGUGAAAGUUACACGAGCAAUGCAAGGGAGUUUAUGGGCCGACUCUCAGAAACAGGAAAAUCAGACAAGGGCCCCUGAGAUUGAUAUAUCAGAACUUGAAAGUCUGUUCUCAGCUGCUUCUGCUUUGGAUGGCACUGACAAAGGUGGAGGUCGACGUGGUCCGAAAAUCAAUAAACCAGAGAAAGUACAACUGCUAUUUAUUCCUAUAUGUCCAGCAUUUUAUAAUGUAUCUUUUGAGAAUGUCAAUUUGAAUGCAAUUUUAGAGUCUAGUAGAAUUGCAGCUUUGAUUUUUCUUAUGGAUUUCUUUCCAAUUGCAUCAUUGUGGAAAGGACUCAUAAUAUAUUGUGAGCAGUCUAUGAUGGACAUGAUUGCUUCACUUAAUUUGAUCAUGUCUGAGAAUGUAGCUAAAAUUGCUAGUGCUGCAGCGUCCAUGUCUUUUGCUCUGUCUGAUUUAAAGGCAUUUAAUCUCAACUUUGAUAAGCAUAAUGCUGUUCUGGCUUUGGAUUCUUCAGCCCUGGACAUUGAUCAAGUAGAAAAUCUCAUUAAAUUUUGCCCUACAAAAGAAGAAAUGACAAUGCUGAAGAACUACAAUGGGACCAACGAUAUGCUUGGAAAGUGUGAACAGUUUUUCCUGGAGUUGAUGAAUGUCCCACGAGUGGAGUCCAAAUUGCGAGUAUUUGCGUUCAGAAUUACUUUUUCCAGUCAGGCCUUGAAGAAUUUCCUUGAUACUGCUGAAGCUAAAGUAAGGUCAAUUAUCUCCUUGUUCUCUGAAGUGGGAAGAAGUGCAGAUUCAUUGUCUCAGUAUUUUGGGGAGGAUCCAGCUAGGUGCCCUUUUGAACAAGUUACACAAAUCUUGGCUGUCUUUGUUAAGAUGUUCAAUAAAGCACGUGACGAGAAUGAGCAACAGGCAGAUGCUGAAAAGAAGAAAUUAGAAAAGGAAGCCAUGAAAGAGCUGGCAGCAGCCCAAUCUGCGAAUGAUCGCUCAAAACCUAAUUUCCGAAUUCAGAAACAUGCUCCUUGA